AUGAGCGCAACGACAGAUACACCUAAUGCCACUCGCAAGAGAAAAGCCGACGACUCUGCAGAAGAGUUGGAGAUUGACUUGAACGCCUCCGUUCCUCUUUCCAAAAAGCAGCAACGGCUUGCCAAGAAAGGAAAACUUGAGAUUAAAGAGCCGAUAGAACAGAAACCGGUAGAGUCGGAGGGGUCUUCGAAAUCAAAAUUUGCAGUUUGGAUAGGCAAUCUUUCUUUUGACACUACGAAAGAGGAUUUGAUCAGGUUCUUGACUGCUAAAUCCCCCGUCAAGGAGGAAAACAUUACCCGGGUCAACAUUCCGCUGAAGGGAAACAACCAAAUCAAAGGAUUUGCCUACGUCGAUGUCCAGAAUGAAGAGCAGAUGCUGCAGUUGAUCGAGCUCAGCGAGUCGAAUUUGAACGGCCGGAACCUUUUGAUAAAAAAUGCAACUUCAUUCGAAGGAAGACCCGAAAAGGACAGCACCACCACCCAGAGCAGCAAGCUCCCACCGAGCCGAAUACUUUUCGUGGGUAAUUUGAGCUUUGACACUACUCAGGAUAAUUUGGAGGAACACUUUAGACAUUGUGGAGAAAUAGCCAAAAUACGAAUGGCAACGUUCCAGGACACCGGCAAGUGCAAGGGCUUUGCGUUUGUUGAUUUCAAGAACGAAGCAGGCGCAGUUGCAGCUAUGGAAUCAAAGUUGACGAAAAUGAUGCUCAAUCGAAAAUUGAGGUUAGAGUUUGGUGAAGACCGCUCAAAGCGAAGACCAAAGAGCCACUCUAACGGAGAGGAAACGCGAACCGCAUCGCGUGCUGUUUCGCGAGCUGAACCUGAGGAUCAACCGCGAGAUUACUCGGAACCUCCGAGAAAAGUGCAAAAAGUGCAACACCGUGAGCGUGUGCAGCACAAGCCAACGAGGCAGAAAUCCUCUGUGGCUUUGGCUUCUGCUCAGAGAGCGAGUGCUGCAAUAGUAAAGUCCUCUGGUAAAAAGAUUACUUUUGAUUAG